AUGACCUCUAAGGACGACUCGAAAUGCCCAGCGGUGCUGGAGGAGCGGAGGCGCAGUCCGCUGGAUCAGCUCCCGCCGCCGGCCAACUCCAACAAGCCGCUGACGCCUUUCAGCAUCGAAGACAUCCUCAACAAGCCGUCUGUGAGAAGGAACUACUCCCUGAGCGGAGCCGCGCACCUCCUCUCUCCCAGAGAGAAGCUGGCCUCGGCGGGUCACAGCCUGUCUGGCAGAGCGCUGCUCAGUCAGACCUCCCCGCUCUGCGCGCUGGAGGAGCUGGCCAGCAAAACCUUCAAGGGCCUGGAGGUCAGCGUCCUGCAGGCUGCCGAGGGCCGAGACGGUCUGACGCUCUUCGGGCAGAGGAACGCCCCUAAGAAGCGGCGGAAGUCCCGCACUGCGUUCACCAACCACCAAAUCUACGAGCUGGAGAAGCGCUUUCUGUACCAGAAGUACCUGAGCCCGGCGGACCGGGACCAGAUCGCCCAGCAGCUCGGUCUGACCAACGCGCAGGUCAUCACCUGGUUUCAGAACCGGCGGGCCAAGCUCAAGCGGGACCUGGAGGAGAUGAAAGCGGACGUGGAGUCGGCCAAGGCCGCGGGCAAUGUGGCCUUUGAGAAGCUCUCCAAGCUGGCAGAGCUGGAGAAGUGCGCGGCGGGAGGUAUGGGCGGAGGGGCGGUGUCAGCUCCAGGCCACACCGACCCAGAACCGGUCUCGUCCAGGUCCCCGCACGACACCACCGCCGAGAGCCUUGGCUCCAGCAGGCCGCACAUGUCGCCUUCUUCACCCGCGUCGUCGCGGUACACAGACCGCCUGAGCAGCAACUUCUGCUCGGAGGAUGAAGAUGAGGAGAUUGACGUGGAUGACUAA